AUGCCCGGUGCUCUCACUCUCUCCCCCCCGCCAAUACCAAAGUCCCGCACCCGCGCCUCCUCAACCUGCACAAACCUCCGUCCAGCGACCAGCCCCGCCCAGCACACCCUCGGUCGUCGUCGCUCCACAUCGUCUCUAGUCGUCCCCGAGCAGCCUUGUCUCAACCCCCCAGAGCCCUCCAUGUUCGCCUUGUACGUCGCCAGGGCCAUAGACUGGUUCCAUCUCGUCCCCCACAAGCAUCCUGCUCCCUGGUCCGUGCCCUCCGACUCUCCCCGCUCCAGCACCGACGACCUCGUCCUCCCGCUCUCCGCCUCUGCCCAUUCUCUCACCUUUGUAGUCCCAGAGCCUCCGCAGCCAGUCUCCCUCUGGCGCUUUCCUUCGGUCCACACUCCAAUUCUCGUCGUUCUCCUUCUUUUCCCUUUUUCAACCGCUCUCGUCCUCUGGUGUCUUUCCACUCUCCCAAUAUCCCUCGCGUGGCCACACGACAUCGCCGACCUUGCUGUACUAGGUCAGGAGCUUCAUAGCUACACCCAGAGUGGCGUUCGUCCCCUCAUCCAUGUUAUUGGCGUAAUGGCUAUCUCUGCUAUUUGGAAACACGCUUGGUCAAUUCCCGGCAGCGUGCUUUGGAAUGUCCUCGGCGGCGCGCUUUUUUCCCCUCUUUACGCGACUGUCCUUCUUACCGCCCUUACGACAAUUGGUUCUGCGUGCGCAACCAUGUUGUCUACCCCUCUUGGGCCAUUCCUUUCAAAACUAUUCCCAAAGGCCCUGGAUCUAACCCGUAAUGCUUUGGGGGGUGACUCCGAUGCCGAUUCCGAUUCCGAUAUAUCCGGCAUUCAAUUCAAACCCAGAUCGUCGGCUUGGGUCCGUCUCUCGGUGCUGCGACUCAUUGGCGUCGUUCCAUGGUCAGGAAUCAACAUCGCCUGCGGAGUAUGUGGCGUAUCUCUCGUAGACUGCAUGCUUGGCACUUUUAUUGGUUGUUUGCCAUGGACCGCAGUCACUUGUCAGAUCGGUGACAUCCUUCAGACUGUAGCCUCUACCCCUUCACCGACUCCUCAAACUGUGUCAUCACUCCUUACUACCCCUGAAAUUAUCCUCAAGCUCGUUUUCCUAUCUGUCAUAUCUCUUGCUCCCAUUCUUGGUCGAGGCAAGUUACGCGCUAUAAUUUCGCAUAAACCCCGCGUUCUAUCUGCAGACGACGAGCGCAAGUCUAGGUGGACCUGGGUUCAAGAAUGGCGAACUAAAAUUCGGAUGGGUUCGCGCUCCCGCGCACGCGAGCAGGCUCAACUCGGUCUGAAUACCCUCGUGGAGGAGAAAAGAAGGCUCGAGGAUCUUUCUUAUUCAUGA